AUGGACUGUACCACCUCAGACCAGGACAGACCCAGAGACUUCCACAUGGACUGUACCACUUCAGACCAGGACAGACCCAGAGACUUCCACAUGGACUGUACCACUUCAGACCAGGACCGACCCAGAGACUUCCACAUGGACUGUACCACCUCAGACCAGGACCAGGACCAACCCAGAGACUUCCACAUGGACUGUACCACUUCCGACCAGGACCGAUCCAGAGACUUCCACAUGGACUGUACCACCUCAGACCAGGACCAGGACCGACCCAGAGACUUCGACAUGGACUGUACCACUUCAGACCUGGACCGACCCAGAGACUUCCACAUGGACUGUACCACUUCAGACUAG